UCAUACGAUCUUUGUGACAUUGACGUGUUUCACAGAUCCAUUAAUUUAUUUUCAGUUUCCUUUCCAAUAAAUGACAAAAUAAAUUAGAAAUUAAUUUUCUAGUGAAACAGAUAACAGACAGAGGGUGGACUGGAAUAGUCCUUAAUAAAUAAGACAUUUUGAAUAUUUUUUGCGGUUUACUAUUAAUGUAUACUCAGAAUCCAUCAAAAUGAAUGACUUUAGAGUGGAUUAUCUUUUCAAACCUUUUAAGGUUACCGAAGUCAAAUGCCGGGGAUCUGCGAGUCCUAGACCUCGGAGUGGCCAUAGAAUAGCUUGUGAUGAUGUAAAUAUAUACUGUUUCGGUGGGUACAAUCCGACACUGCCUCUCGAUGUACCGCUUGAAAAUCCGACAUGGACUCCAGCAAGACCACUAUUUAAGGAACUUUGGAGCUUUUCUAUAGCCACCAGGAAAUGGAAACAGCAUAACAUAGCAAACAUGCCAGAAGAGCUAGCAUCGAAUGCUAUGUGUAUGAAUGGUAGAUACUUAAUGGUACAUGGCGGAACAGGUGCACCAUUUGGUAGUAAAUGUAGUAAUGAUGUGUUGGUAUGGAGGACACAAGCUGAUGACAACAGACUGCAGGUUUUAGAUGUGACAGGAUCAAGACCACCAGGACUGUACGGACAAUCAAUAUUAUGUUAUGAUGGUGGAUUUUAUACUGUCGGUGGAACUAAUGGCUAUUCUUAUAAUUGUGAUAUAUUUAGGUUGGACCUUCGAACAAUGAUUUGGGAGUCAGAAUACAUAGGAACUGGCCAAGAAGGAGAGCCCAUGGGUAGAUACCGACAUGAAUUGGCAAGAAUUGGUGAAAAUCUUUACAUCAUUGGAGGUGGAACAGGAGACUGGGCUUAUGAUCUUAUGGAGCUUCCAGUGUUUAAUUUAAAAACUAAAACAUGGACAAUAUUGACACCUAAGCCUGAUGACUCCACAAGAGACAUUUUGAUGCCGUUACCAAGAAAAUGUCAUAGUGCUGUUCAAAUUUCCACACCAAGUGGGGAGCAAGUGUUUGUUGCGGGUGGCACCGAUGGCCAAGCAGUGUUUGAAGAUAUUUGGAGGCUGAAUUUAUCAGAUUUGCAAUGGAACCUCAUGCAGAAGACAGUGCUGCCCCAUCCUUUAUAUUUCCACUCCUCUGCAGUGACAUCUACAGGUUGCAUGUAUGUAUUUGGUGGUAUUGAACCCAGAGAAAAUGCAACCAGCAGAAACAACAUUUUGUAUAAAGUAUGGCUUUGCAUUCCAAGCCUGAGUGAGAUAUGUUGGGAAGCUUUGCUCAAUUUUUAUCCAAAUUUAGAUAAAAUCGACAGGAGUAAACUCAUAUCUCUUGGCAUUCCUUUGCAUUUGGUGCACAGGAUAAAUCCAUCUAAUUAGAUUUAAUGUGUAACCAUGGACUACUUGAUUGUAAGCAAUUUGUGUCUGUGUUUCUAUUGCUAAAGAAGAGUUUGUAUGGACUUUGGUGUGAUUGGUCUGAAACUGUUAGCCAAUGUUUUUUUGUAAGUAUUAUUUUUUAUAUGAUGAUUUUGCCAUAAUAUAUAUUUAUUUGUAUAAUUGCAAUGAAAAAAAAAAACUUUUUAUAUAUUGGCUCCCAAUCUAUCUACAACUACAAAAUAUUAUAUGUAAGAUAAUAUUUGACAAUAGUUGAUGCAAAUAACUAUGGUGUUACAUAUAAGUAUUUCACAUUUAUUUUUAGAAUAAUUAAUAUCAAAAUGAAAAGUGACUCUACAAGCGAUAACUAAGCAUUCAUAGAAAUUAAAAUAUAUGAAACUUAGAAUCCCAUUGUGCUAACUUUAUGAAUACUGUAAAUAAUUGCCCCAAGUAAAAUUGUAAGCCUUUUACUCAUAUUGAUUUCCAUUUUUAAAUGCCAAUGUAUCACACCCAAAAUAUAGUCUAAUCUAAGAUUUAUUAUUAAUUAUAAAAAUGAAUUUGUCAGCGUAGUUUACCUACAGACUCCUCUUACCAUAGAAAUGUGAGAAUAAAUUCAUAUUUCUGUGCCCUGCAAGGUCCAUGGAUGUUUUUGACGUAGGGCGUUUAGUACGUGACGCACAGCGAUAUGAAAUCUGCGGGAAUUCUUAAGUGAGGAAAUUUCCGAGAACAGUGAAUUUCUCAGCGGCACAUCGUUAGUGAAGCGUAAUCGCCAGAAAAAUAGGUGACUCACCCAUCUCUUGCACAGCCAAUGGUGCACACAUCGUGUUAUAAAAUAUUAGAUAACCUUUGUCAAACUUUUAACUAAGAAUGUUGAAAAAAAAAAGAUAACAAAUGUUGUAAUAAAUUUGUCUAUGGGACAUACAUGGUAUUCCUAAUCGACUGUAAAAGACAUGACCCUUAAAUGCAUCAUGCAUGAUGUGUAUUGAAUUGACUGAAACGCCGUUAAUUUUUGUAAUGGAUUAAAAAGCAUCAAUUUAUCAGAA